CAAGUAAGGAGCCAAGAUGAUGCAAAUACAAGUGCAGUCCAAGUCUUCAUACUUCAAAUGGGUACUAAUGCAACAUCUAUGAACAAUGAAACUGCUGCUGCUAGACUUGAAUUGAAUGGAGAGAGAGACCAGGAUUUGCCCAUGCUCAGUUUUUCUACCAUAGAAACUGCUACCGAUUACUUUGCAAUCAGAAAUAUACUUGGAGAAGGUGGCUUUGGAACGGUUUACAAGGGUAGGCUGCGGCAAGGUCAAGAAAUCGCGGUGAAAAGGCUUUCCACAAGAUCUCGGCAGGGGAUAAUGGAGUUCAAGAAUGAAAUUAGCUUGAUUUCUAAGCUCCAACAUAAGAAUGUUGUCAGUUUACUCGGGUGUUGCAUUCAUGGCGAGGAAAAUAUACUAGUUUACGAGUACAUGUCGAACAAUAGUUUGGACUCCUUCAUUUUCGAUUCUACCAAACGGAAGUUAUUAGAUUGGACAAAAUGUACAAAAAUUAUCGAAGGAAUUGCUCAAGGGCUUCUUUACCUCCACAAGUACUCUAGGUUAAGGAUAAUACAUUGCGACUUAAAACCAAGUAAUAUCUUGUUGGACAGCGAUAUGACUCCCAAGAUAUCUGAUUUUGGCAUGGCGAGAAUUUUUGAGGAGAACGAAAGUCGACCUAUGACAAAAAGGAUUGUUGGAACAUAUGGCUACAUGUCUCCUGAAUAUGCCCGGGAGGGCCUUUACUCUGAGAAAUUAGAUGUGUUCAGCUUCGGAAUCAUUGUGCUAGAGAUAUUAAGUGGCAAGAGGAACAUUGCCUUCUGUGAGACUCUUCAUACUUCAGAUCUAGUUGGCUAUGCAUGGAACUCGUGGAAAGAAGGGAAGCACACGGAGUUCAUGGACUCGACAUUAACGAUUUCUUGCUCAUCAAUCGAAGCUCUACGGUACUUACAAAUAGGUCUCUUAUGCGUGCAAGAGAGACCAUCGGAUCGACUGUCAAUGCCGGAGGUCGUCUCGAUGCUUAGCAACGAGGCGACGGCUCUGCCUUAUCCCAAAGAGGCUGCUCUUUUGGGCUAUGUCAGCAGCAGUACUGAGGGCGAGUCAUCAAAAAACAACCAAGGACCAUGGGUUACGUCUGUUGAAUCAGUUGUGUCAGUGAUAUCUCCUAGAUAGGCUAGCUUGUUUGUGUACCAUUGGCAGCCCUGAGUUCAUUUUUUAGUUCCAGAUUUGUAGUCACAGAAAAUUG